ACGCAACUGCUGAUAAAGAGACACGUAUAAAAUCUACGACGUUAUACGCAACUCCGUCACUCAGAAAUGUUGUAGAAUAACUGGGUGUCGGUGAGGUUUCAGGCGUAUCGUCGUCUUUUCUGGUAGCUUUAGACUGUUUCAUCGUUAUCUCUUCCACUAAUAAGAAGAAAUAAAGAGAUGGAGCAACCACGUGCCAAGCGAUUGCUUCAAUAUAUAACAGCUUUCACAGCCACCUUGUCAUUGGGGACUGCUGGAACUCACAUAGGCUGGACGUCACCCAUGCUACCAAUGCUACAAUCAUCUAACUCCAGCGCUCCGUUACUUAUAACAUCGGAUGAGGCUUCCUGGAUCACUUCGUUUCUUCUUCUCGGCAACGUACCCGGAUGUAUUCUAGCGGCCUUCAUCGUCGAUUGGUGCGGAAGAAAAACAACUUUGCUAAUAGCCAACAUUCCACAGUUCAUGGGAUACAUUCUGAUCAUCAUAGCGUGGAAUCCCUAUAUCCUCUACGCGGCACGUUUGAUCAGUGGUAUCGGCCAGGGCAUGGUAUAUGUCACUUGUCCGAUGUACAUCGGCGAGAUUGCCGAUAAAGAAAUCAGAGGCUGCCUCGGUUCUCUCAUCAAACUAAUGGUGACCUUCGGCGAGCUGUACGCUCACGCGAUCGGUCCGUUUGUUUCUUACAAGAUGCUCGGCUACUACAAUCUGAUAUUGCCGGUACUGUUUUUUUUCCUCUUCACCUCGAUGCCCGAGUCGCCGUACUUUCUACUGAUGGUGAGACGCAACGACGACGCAAUGAAGAAUCUAAAGAGACUGAAAGGCGGCAUUUCCAAAGAUCAGCUGGAAAUGGAAAUGGAUCAGAUAAAGAAAACGGUCGACAACGAUCUUAGCAAUCGCGGUCACCUGUCGGAUAUUUUCAAGACGCGCGGCAACAGGCGCGCCAUUUUCAUCAGUUGCGGCCUGCAAUUUGUUCUUCAAUGCAGCGGCAUUUCUGCGAUCGAAUCGUACACUCAGGAAAUCCUCGAGAAGGGCGACGCGUUUCUACCCGCGAGUGUUUCCGUCAUUCUGAUGAGCGUGCUCCAACUGAUCGCCGGUAUCGGAGCGACGCUCCUCGUCGACAAACUCGGCAGACGAUCGUUGCUUAUGUCCACCACGUUUCUAGGCGGAAGCGCGCUCACGAUCGCCGGUGCUUUCUGUUUCUUGAAGUUCAAGCUCGGCAUAAACACGACCGGAUACGGAUGGUUGCUUCACACCUCCGUGAUAUUCUACGAGCUGAUCAUCGCUCUCGGAUUGAAUCCGUUGCCGUACAUGAUGCUGGGCGAGCUGUUCCCAACGAGCAUCAAGGGCGUCGCUGUCUCGAUUGCCAAUAUCCUGGCUUCCUUUCUGGCUUUCUUUGUUUCCAAGAUGUACCAGGUGAUCGCCGAUUACUACGGAGUGUACACGAGCUUCGGCUGGUUCGCCGCCAGUUGCUUCCUCGGCUUGAUCUUCAUCGCGUUUUACGUACCGGAAACCAAGGGUAAGUCACUGCUGGAGAUUCAGGAAGAGCUCAAUUGCAAAAAGAAGAAUAAGACGAGCGAAAAGAAGAAUAUCGAGUUACAGAUAAGUACGAUUGCUUAGAUUUAAAAGUAAGAGCGCUUGAAAAAGAUUUGCGCAAUAACUUUCAAACAAUAUAGAAAUAAAUGACUCGCGUUUUCUGUUUUAUUGAAUAUGAAAUAGGCAAUUUUAAUAUACCGAACAAUUUUUUUGUUUUACUUAUAACAAUUGGGACGUGUCGAUAGUAAACGUCGAUCAAUAAAGCAGAAAAGUGCGAUUUUUAUCAAUUAGUUAUACAAUUUAUUGUAAUAUUGUUCUUGUUGAAUACGUAGAAAUUUAUACAAAAGAAUUCAAAGUAUUCGAAGAAUCUCUUGCAUUUCAAAUGGGGGAUCUGUUAUAGUAGAAAAAUAAUUAUAUUAAGAUACUUUAUUUGUUGUCUCUUGUAAUACGAAACGCUACAAACGUUUGAGACAAAAAGAAAUCUAUAAUUAACGUUCCGAAUUCGAAGAGUAAAUUCAGAUAGAAAAUUAAUUAAUUCAGAUAAAAAUUAAGUUGCAAAGAUUGUUUUUAGUAUUUAAGAAAAGGGCUCUUAUAUUCCAUCGAAGAAGGAGCUUCAAUAUUAAAGUCACGAGUACGAGAUCGCUAAAAAAAGCACUUCCCGAUCGAGAUAACAUCGUACGAUGUUUGGAAAACCUCGGUGAUAAUAACAUGUUUCGGUUUAUGCUUGAAUACGCGAAAAAAAAAACACUUGUCAGUUGUGCAAACAUCUCGAUGUGUCAAGAUAUGUACGUAAAUUCGAUUCGCAAUUCUCAACCGAAUAUACGUCUUAAUUUAAAAACGUGUUGAAGUAACAUUUGCGAGGUAACAAUUUUAUUCAUUUUUUUUUUUUUUUUUUCAUUAGCAAACCACAUGUGAUGCGCAAUUCAAUCGUUUUUAUUUGCGCGCGAAUUGAGUGCGCGUUCAGCGAACAUGUCAAAACCGCGAGAGAGCAGUUUUCAGUGAUUUCCGUCUUUCAAAUUAAACACGCUACUCAGAAUUGUUGGUUAAAAAAAACAUUUCAAUUGUCGUGUUCGCUGAAGACUUUUUUUUUUAGAUUUAUUUAUUUCAAUCGCGUGUGUAAUUUCACUUUUUUUUUUGUUUCUCUUAUUUAUUUCGUGUUAAAAGUGAUCGAUCGCGUUAUUGCGAUAUUAACUCGAUCGCGGAACGAAGAAAGCGAAGAAAUCUCGGCCGAGAUACAAAUUAUUACAGUGUGUCCGAUGUUUUUCGAAAAGGCGUUUGAACACACACACAGAGAAUCAUAUCCGUCGCCUUUUCGAAAAUCCAUCGCGCAUCCAGCGUGCGUUGGCAGAGGCCCACUCUCGAAGAGCAAUCUAUGACCAUCUUAUUUUCCCUUUUAGGCAGGGUUAAAUUGAAGCUUGAGACUGAUAGUUUUUAAUUAAUCGUAAAGUAUUUAUUUAUCGCCGUGAAAAAAACGUGCUCCGAACGGGAACGAAACAACUGCGUGGUUCUUCGUUUUUGGGAGAAACACACACGUGUCACAUUUCAAUGUUACAUCUACUCUCGCGUAACAAGAGAUUCUCUUGACACAUAUAUAUAUAUAUAUAUAUAUGUAUUGUAUAUAUAUAUAUAUAUAUAUAUAUUUACCUCGUAUCUUAAACACGCCGGGAAAAAUCUCUCAGGUGGAAUGAACACCGACGAAGGCGCAAAAAUAAAAGACGCGUGAAGAAAUUUCUCGCAAGUGCUUUAAAAAUAUAUAUAACAAAAGAAGAGUCGAGUAUUAUUAAAAUAUAUAAUUGAAAUUAAAUUAACAAAAUGACAAAAAAAUAUUAUAAGAACAAAAGUAGCGAAUUCCUGUUCGGCGCGACAGCACGGCGAUUAGGAACAUCUGUAUCAUCCCUUUCAGGCAGGGUGCAACACAAACAACGAUAUAACGCUUACGAUUAAACGUUAUUAAAGAUGUAGCGCGUUUGAUUCGCGCGUACCUCGACCGCACGCCUAUGGCCCUGAAGCAAGAAGGAUUUAGACGAGCACUGUGGCAUGACUAACUUUAUUUUCCCUUUCAGGCAGGGUGAGACAUAAACGUUCUAAGAAUAGCUUCGGCGUAGAAUAUAACUGGCCCGUUAUUAGAGUUAAAAAAGAAAGUAUUUCACGUUUCGACUCGCGUGUUAGAAAAGAAUAUCCGGAGAGCGUGCUCGCGUACGUAACACAUGUAAGUGGUCGCUCUAAUAAUAAGCGGAUCGUCCGGAAACUGUCAAUCUCUGCGGAUUGGUUUUUCAUAAAAUGUCCGCUCGCGACGACAUCCCUCGCUUGAAUUUCGAAGGGGAGAGUUUUAUUUUCACACCGAAUCCACUUGUUACGAAGAACGCGAGAAGAAGAGCGCGUUGACUCGUCCUUGACGAGUAAAUGGCCCGUGCGAAUAUGUGACGCGACAACUGUACGAACCGCGCGUGGUUUUGUUUGUAGAAAUAAUAUUCGCGAAUACAUAUACGCACGCGAGUCGGUCAUUCGCUUUUAUUAUUGCGACCGCACGCGUGAGCACGCAAGUACUUAAAUAAGAUAUGUACCUUUAUACGUAUCAUCUUAACUCACACAAGUGUCAAGUAUGUUCGCGCUAUUGCAUGACUCUCUACAUACGAUAUCCCUUUUAGGCAGGGUGAGAAGACUAAUAAAGGUUGAAUUUACAUCGACUGUACAGAUUUUUUUCUCUUUACACUGUAGAAGUUUGCAAUAUACGUUGACAGUAAAGAAAAAAACUCACCACUUUUAAAAGUUUGUCAAACGUCUUUCUGUCUUUUCCCUUCAAGCACAAUUCCCCACUUACAGAUCCUUUCAAAGAAGAAGAAAAAGAAGACGUCACGAUGAGAGAAUGCGAAAGGUGAGUAAAGAGACACACGUCACAAACCGGACAACUAGCGUGUAUAUUUUUUUUCUUUUUGCAUCAUAAUAAUCUUGUUAUACAUAAACGUUAUUACAAUAUAGAAACAUAAAUUUUUAAUAUUUCAUCUGUUUCUCUCAACAUCUCUCUCACAACUUCUCGCUAUGAUACACACCUCGUGUAGUCGGGAUUAUUAUAUUAGUGUUAUAUAAUAAAUCUUCCUCCCUACCCCCCUUGGCGUAAAAUCUCGUUAACGUGCCCGGGAGAUAUGCUAUCCACGUGACUCUUUUUUGGCCUGAAUAAAACACUCAAUCGUCUCGCGUACGAGAGCGACAAGAUGAAACUUGCAUGCAGCCUUUCGUUCCCGCGCUUAUCGCGCUUCACGUUUCACCGCCCAAUUUUAAACAGCAGAUUCACGCUGCGCGCUUAUAUUUCACCAUUGUAUUCAAAUAUCGCGGCAGACAUUAGUUUCUUAUUCAAGGCGCAUUGUCUUGAAUUUUGAAGGGGUUAAAUACUACGUAUAUUCGCUUUUUGCCUUGAUUAAUGAGUAACACGAACGUUUUGGGGUCACUCCAAGCCCCAUUGAGAAUUUUAUAAUUGAAGGCUUUAGAGUAAAUUUCUACAGCAACGAAACGCACCUCUUUAUAAAAUUAACAAAAUGUUAUAAUUUCUCUUUUUUAUCAGAAGAAAAAAAUAAGA